UUCAAUCCAUGAACUGAAAUAAUGGAAAUCUGCAGGACCCAUGGAUCAGGCAGAGAAAAGUAGCCGAUGAGUAGUCUCGCCAAUUUAGCAUUCCGUUUGUUUUAAGAGUAGUUUUACUAUGACGGAGCCCUGUGAUGGUUUUAGCGAAAAGGAGGGCGGUGUAGCUAAUUGUUUUAUUUAGCUAGCAAGCUAGCGUUGGAGCUCUGGUAUGUUAGCUUUUGUGCUAGCAGGCUAGGAGAGAUCAGGGGGAGGGGAGAGUUCCUUUGCUUUGAAAUUGUUUCAGAUCAGCUAGCUAGCGUUAGCAUUAGCACACCGGGGACUAAGCUUUUGGGGUGAAGUUUUUUAGUUUUCGAGCUCGUAUUUUUUAUUGCGCAUCUAACUUUUCUGGUAUUUGAUUUAUCAUUUGACUGUUCUGGUCAUGUUUACGUUGACUAUUCAGUAAGGUAAUGUAGCAGCAAAAUUGCGGCUAACCAGAUCAGACAAUACAUUUCAUAUAGGAUUGAUGAACCGAAUAGCUAGAAGCUUACAGUUGACGGUGGGUGCCUGUCUAACGUUAGCUUAGCUACCGGGCUAGUUGUGGCUAGCGCCGGUUAGAAGUUGUCUGGUUGACUAGCGGCAGCUAGCUGUAGCUAGCAAGUUGGUCAGCGCUUAAACGGUACAAUUACAACUGAACACCGCUUCCCCAGUGAGUUAUCUACAUCGGCUAUUGCCCCAGAUGCUGAUUGAGACAAUGGACUUUUACGUUACAACCACGCAGUGAAAGGAUGAGUUCGUGCUUUGUACCAAACGGGGCCAGUUUGGAGGACUGCCACUCCAAUCUCUUCUGCCUGGCUGAUUUGACUGGAAUAAAAUGGCGGCGUUUUGUAUGGCAAGGACCCACCUCUUCGCCCAUCCUUUUCCCUGUGACCGAGGAAGACCCUAUCUUGUGUAGUUUCAGCCGAUGCCUGUCAGCAGAUGUGCUGAGUGUGUGGAGAAGGCACCACACCCCGGGUCGCAGAGAGCUCUGGCUUUUCUGGUGGGGGGAUGACCCCAGUUUUGCCGAGCUUAUCCAUAAUGAGCUCUCAAGUGAAGAGGAUGGUGAGUGGGAGAGUGGCCUGUCCUACGAGUGUAGAACGCUUCUUUUCAAAGCCAUCCACAACCUGUUGGAGCGUUGUCUCAUGAACCGUGGCUUUGUUCGCAUCGGCAAAUGGUUUGUCAAGCCAUACCAAAAGGAGGAGAAGACCAUUAAUAAAAGCGAGCACCUGUCUUGUGCAUUCACAUUCUUCGUGCACGGCGACAGCAACGUGUGCACGAGUGUGGAGAUCGCUCAACAUCAGCCUCUUCAGCGGCUGAACGAAGAGCAUCUCAGCCUCGCACAGCAGAGCUCCAACCCUUUGCAAGUCAUCCUUAGCCCAUAUGGCUUGAAUGGGACCCUCACCGGUCAGGCUUUUAAGAUGUCGGACCACCCCACUCAGAAGCUCAUAGAGGAGUGGAGGCAGUUCUAUCCCAUCAGCCCAAAUCCCAAGGACGUCCAGGAAGAGAAGAUGGAGGAUACAGACUGGGAGGAUGACUCCCUGGCGGCUGUGGAGGUCCUCGUCGCGGGAGUAAGGAUGGUGUACCCUUCCUGCCUGGUGCUUCUCCCCAUGUCAGACCUUCCUGCUGUGGUCCUGCAGGGCUCCGUGAACACAUCAGGAAGCCUGUGUGGUGCUCAGCAGGGCCAUGCUGCUCACAGAGAUCCUGCCAUGUCCUCUGUCACUCUGACUCCUCCAACAUCACCAGAGGAGGCUCAGACUGAUUACCAGCCUGUGCAGAAGUGGCUCAAGUUGUCCUCUGCGUCGGAUGGCUACAGCUCUAACAACACUCUUCAUGGGGGUAAAAUCCCUCGCAGGCUGGCCAGCCAGAUGGUGGAGUCUGUGUGGAAGGAAUAUAACAUAAACCGUACAGGGAACAAGAGGAAGUUUACUACAUUAACCAAUGGGACCUGUGAAGAGGAGUCGGACAAAACUGGUCUUUGGGAUUUUGUUGAGUGUACUCACAGGCCUCAUUGCAAUUGCUUAAGACAUAAGAAUCAAAAACAGCGAUCCAGCAGCACCUCAGGACACCCACCUUCAUCAGGCCAGCCUGCCCAGCCGGCCCUCAAGCACAAGCUGGGCGAGAAGCUGGAGAAGGGGGAGAAGCAGCAGAAGAGGCCGCAGACGCCUUUUCACCACCGCAACUCUGUGAGCGAGGAGCAGUCCCUGGAGCCACAGAACCAGAGGCUUUGUAUGAGACCACAGGAGGACGGCUCGUAUCCAAGUCUGCACCACGUGGACACAGUGUCCUCCAAAGCCCCUACGCUGCACACACACGGCCCCCCUUCCGACCUCAACGGAUCCCCUCCUCCCCCUCCCCUCAGCCCGCACCCCUGCGAUCACGUAGAAGGUGACAUGACUCCAGGCGCCAUAAAGAACUCGUCCACGCCCAUUCAUCAAACAUUCUACCCGCCAUCGGUGGAGCCCUGUCAGCUGCCUCAGAAGGGCUCCUCGGAGGACCCUCGGCUGGAGAACAUCCCUAUGCCUCUGUCCUUCUCCCAAGCUUACAAUGAAACAUUGGAACCCACUGUCUUUGUGGGUUCAGCCAUUAAUCCAAACGAAGACUCCACCCACAACCCCUGGAAGUAUUUCAACCUGCCCAGGAAGAAGGCAUCAAGCUUCGUGACGCCGCUGUUACCUGUGGAUAAAAUACGAGAUGAUUCUGGGGGAGGUGGAGGAACAGAAAAUAUAGUCUCCGUCACAGAGUUGAUGUCGGGUUCCAUGCAUCCCCUGAAGGUGUCCCAGGAGCUGGUCAGGACCUACGCCCAGCGGAGAAACAGCCAUCUUACCUCCGCAACAGGUGACGGAGAAAACUGUGACGAGCCGGACCCUUACGCCUUUGUAGAGGGAGACGAGGAGUUCAGCUUUACAGAGAAGAAGGACAAGUCUGGCACAGAAAGGGACGGCAAGAAACACAAGGUGGAGGAAGGAAAUGGAUCCGCUGACGGUGAGAAUCCCCUUUCUUUGUUCGUUUUAUUAAAUGUAAUGUUUGGAGUCUGGUUAUUCAAGGUCUCCAAUUUUGUUUGCGUUGCAGAUGGUCAGGGUGCAUCGGGCAGUAAACCUACCACCUCCACAAGCCUUAUCCACGAGAACGACUUGGCCGUGUCCUACAGCGACCUGGAUAAAAUCUUCAAUUCAGAUGAAGAUGAGCUAGCGCCUGGCUCCAAAAGAGCUGGAGUUGGUUCAGAGGACAAGUUUGGCUGUAAAGACAAGACAGGAGCCACGUUGGAUCCUCUAUCUUGCAUAAGUUCAGCAGACCUGCACCAGAUGUUUCCCACCCCACCCUCCCUGGAGCAGCAGGGUUACUCUCCCAUGAACUCUGGGAGCAAGGACAGCCUGGAAGGAGGGGCGGGUCUCACCAUGUUGGAUGGCAGCCAGCUCAACAAUCACUUCAAGAUGGAGGUGGAGGAGGGAUAUUGCAGCCCAAAGCCAUCGGAAAUAAAGGACUUCUCCUUUGUAUACAAGCCAGAGACGUGUCAGUUGUUGAUCGGCUGUUCCAUGUACGCACCAUUGAAGGUGCUACCAAGCCAGUGUCUGUUGCCUAUCAAACUGCCAGAAGACUGUGUGUACACGCCCAGUUGGACCAUGGGCAAAAUGGAAUUGAUACCCCCAGUGACGAAUGUCAAUCUCCUCACCAAAGACAGUAACGUCCCCAGUGUGGAGCCGGACUACAGCCAGACCUACACCCCUCAGACCCACACGCCCUUCAUGUCCAGCAGUGCCCCUCCAAGCAACAGCGGCCCCGGAAUCCUUCCCUCCCCAGCCACGCCGCGCUUCUCUGUGCCUACGCCCCGCACACCCCGCACUCCACGCACUCCCCGUGGCCCAGCGAGUGUCCAGGGCUCUCUUAAGUAUGACAACUCUGACCUUUACUCCCCCGCCUCCACUGCCUCCACCUGUCGACCUCUCAGCUCUGUUGAGCCGGCCACCGUACCUUCCAUCCCCGAGGCUCACAGUCUCUACGUCACCCUCAUUCUCUCCGAGUCAGUCAUGAACCUCUUUAAGGACUGCAACUUUGACAGUUGCUGCGUGUGUGUCUGCAACAUGAACAUCAGAGGAGCAGAUGUAGGGGUGUACCUCAAGGACAACGGCGAGGCCCAGUACCCCUGCACUUGCGGCUUCAGCGCUGUCACCAAUCGACGCUUUGGCCAGUCGGCCGGGCUUUUUCUGGAGGACGAAUUGGACGUGGUGGUACGCGGCUCAGACGCCAGUCGGGACACUGAGCGGUGUUUCGAAGAGCUGCGAGCUUCCACAGCUCACAAAGCUGGCAGCCUGACAGAGAAACCUCCGGAUGAACUAAUCCUGCUGCUGCAGGACCAGUGCACUAACCCUUUUGCCCCAAUGGCAGGGGUAGAAUACACCAAGCAGAGCUCAGCACCCAGUUCGUUUCUGAGGGUGGAAGAGAGAGACUGUUAUAAUGACUGCUACAUGGCACUGGAGCACGGCAGGCAGUUCAUGGACAAUAUGUCAGGAGGAAAAGUAGAUGAAGCACUAGUGAAGAGCACGUGUCUUCAUCAGUGGCCAAAAUGCAAAUCAGCAGACAUGAGCAAGCUAUUCUCUCAGGACGUCCUGCGGGUGUUGUUGUCCCUGCAGCCUGUGCUGCAGGACACCAUUCAGAAGAAGAGGAGUGUGCGCUCCUGGGGCGUUCAGGGACCGCUCACUUGGCAACAGUUCCACAAGAUGGCUGGGAGGGGAUCAUAUGGUACAGAUGAGUCUCCCGAGCCUCUGCCCAUCCCCACAUUUUUGGUCGGCUAUGAGUAUGACUUUGUGGUGCUGUCUCCCUUUGGCUUGCCAUACUGGGAGAAGCUUCUUCUGGAUCCUUUUGGUUCCCAGAGAGAUGUGGGAUAUGUUGUCAUCUGCCCAGAAAAUGAGGCUCUGCUCCGCGGAGCCAAGACCUUCUUCAAAGAUCUGAGUGCUAUGUAUGAGGCAUGCCAGCUUGGGCAACACAGGCCCAUCUGUAAGAGUCAUCCAGAGGGCGUAUUGAAGGUUGGCGCCACAGAAGGAAGGAGCAUGACGGAGCAGCCCCUUAGUGACUGGUUCCUUAAGAUGGCUGCCAGAGACGGAAACAAUGAAGCCUUUAAUAGGCUAAAGCUCUUUGCUGAAGUGUGCCGCUAUGAUCUAGCUCCGUACCUGUCAGAGCAGUCUUUGGAUAGCUCCCUAUUGUCUCAGCGCAGCCCUGUUGUGGCGUCUUCCUUGUCCCAGACCUCCAGCUCUUCCAGCACCACCUCAGGACCCCAGAGCACCAACACUACCAGCUCCAGCAACAGCUCUGCCCAGGUCAACAGCACCCCUCCCUCUUCCUCCUCAGUUCCCCAGACAAUCGGGGGGAUGUCCUCAGCCAAGCCAAGCUCUUACACACCGUUUGGGACGGCAGGCCUGCAGGGCAGCUCCUCUCAGAACGGACCGCAGUCAAACCCACAGGGAACUGGGGGGCUGGCAGAAAAUGGACCCUCAGCCAACCAGCCUCCAGUGCCCGUCGAGGCGCCAGAGAGCACAAUGGAGAGGGACAAAGUGGGCAAGCCAACAGACGGAGAGUCCCACGCUGUGUCUUACCCGCCUGCCAUAGUGGUGUAUAUCGUCGACCCCUUCAGCUACGAAGACGCCGACCAAGACGUCCACUCCAGCGCCUACACGCUAGGACUGCUGCGCUGCUACAUGGAGAUGCUCCAGUUCCUGCCCGCUCGCAUCAGGAACGCUGUCUCCGUACAGAUCGUUCCCUGCCAGUAUCUGCUGCAGCCGGUGCGCAGCGGGGAGCGUCACCUCUACAGCCAGCACCUGAAGUCGCUGGCCUUCUCUGUGUUCACUCAGUGUCGGCGGCCGUUGCCCAACUCGACCAACUUCAAGGCUCUGACGGGCUUUGGCCCCGGCCUUGCCAUCGACAUGGCACUAAAGAAUCCAGAGAGGCCCGAAUGUCUGCGUCUGUACACGCCGCCGUUCAUUUUGGCUCCUAUAAAAGACAAGCAGACGGAGCUCGGGGAGACGUUUGGCGAGGCUUCCCAAAAGUACAACGUCCUGUUUGUCGGCUACUGCCUUUCCCACGACCAGCGCUGGCUGCUGGCCUCCUGCACCGACCAGCAUGGAGAACUGCUGGAGACCUGCAUUAUUAGUAUCGAUGUUCCCAACAGGGCGCGCAGGAAAAAGGGCUCAGUCAGGCGGGUGGGUUUGCAGAAGCUGUGGGAGUGGUGUCUCGGCCUGGUGCAGGUGACAUCGCUGCCAUGGAGGGUGGUCAUUGGACGGCUUGGUAGAAUGGGCCAUGGGGAGCUGAGAGACUGGAGUAUUCUGCUGAGCAGGAGGAACCUGCAGUCUCUCAGUAAACGCCUCAAGGAGACAUGCAGGUUGUGUGGCAUCUCUGCUGCUGACACUCCCAGCAUCCUUAGCGCCUGUCUAGUUGCAAUGGAGCCCCAGGGAUCCUUUGUCAUCAUGCCAGAUUCUGUGUCGACAGGUUCAGUAUUUGGUCGAAGCACGACGCUCAACAUGCAGACAUCGCAGCUGAACACCCCUCAGGACACAUCCUGCACCCACAUCCUGGUGUUCCCCACCUCAGCCAUGGUGCAGGUCAACACUAACACGGCAGAGCCCAUCGACAUCAACUUUAACCCUAUAAACCCCGAUGGAUCUGACGGCAUGGGCCUCUUCGACCUGUUUGACAACGACAUGGUGGAUCCGGACCUCAUCAACAUCUUGCCGAACUCCCCCACAACCUCCCCUGUUCACUCCCCCGGCUCCCACUACCACCAGGGGGGAGAUGGAACAAAGGGCCAGGGCGCUGACCGGAUGGAGUCCCAUGAGGAGGCUUUGAACAUCCUGCAGCAGCCCAUGGCGCUGGGCUACUUCGUCUCCACAGCCAAAACUGGACCACUGCCUGACUGGUUCUGGUCUGCCUGCCCUCAAGCCCAGAACCAGUGCCCACUCUUCCUCAAGGCCUCUCUGCACCUGCACGUGUCUUCUGUCCAAUCAGACGAGCUCCUGCACAGUAAACACUCCCACCCCCUCGACUCGAACCACACUUCUGAUGUGCUCAGAUUUGUUCUCGAGCAGUACAACGCCCUCUCCUGGCUGACGUGCGACCCUGCGACCCAGGACCGACGCUCCUGUCUGCCCGUUCACUUUGUGGUGCUCACACAGAUGUACAACUUUAUCAUGAACAUGCUCUGAACUCUAACGGGAUCAAAGUGCUGAGAUUUGAUUGGAUUUCCUGCUUUGAAUGAUCCCGGACACUCAAUGGACCUUACACUCCAUCAGGGCGAGUGUGGAGGAAGCAUCCCUCCUCCUCCUCCCCCAGUGUUUCUCACACAACACUGACUGUCUACAAGUUUCCAAUCAAUCAAUCAGAUGCCAAGAAUCCAUUUUAGCAUUUUGGAAGAUCAAGGGACGUUUCAUAAACGAGAAUAAAUUGUCUUUUUAAUGACUGUAGAUUGCAAUCUAUGAAAUUUUAUCUUAAUGAAAUGCCUGCAUAUAUUAUUUAUUGUAAGUUUUUAAAUGUGGAUUUUUUAAUGCUUAAUAUCUUUUAUAUAUUACAAAUCCUAGAGGGUGUGUACAUCUCACUGUAAAGGAAUUGGUUUAAAAAGUGUAAUUUUCUCAAUUACAACACGGAAAAACCUGUUCAAGUGAAUUUGCUGUAGAUUGCUUUUAGAAUAUUAUUUUUUCAAAGGGUACAAACCUUUUUAUUGCCAUGCUGUAAAAAUGAAGUAAAAGCUGGCCUGGGCAUUUGUGUCCCACCCAAUGAGUGGAUGAGACUUACCUCUCUGUCCGCUUUGGCUCCAGAGUCUCUCGCACAGUAACUCAAUGAGCUCUGAAGAGGAAUUAAAAGGUACAUUGUCAGAUUAUAUAUUUUAUAUAACAGAUUUAGGUAAUUGUGUGUGUAUAUGUGUACAUAUAAUUGUGUGCCGCUACUGAUGGUGCAGCUUCUGUUUUAGGAAUAAAGUGCGUCUACCUUAA